CACACCACAUACACACACACACACAUUUAUACAUGAUCUCUGCCUCCCUUCUUCAUCCUUGUAUGAUUGUCACGAAUCUCAACUCGCAACUUCCAACUCCUGGCAUAUACUGACAUAUAGAACAGAGCAAGGCCAACGAAGCUGGGCUAGACUUGUUUUGGGGACCACUCAGUGAUUGAAUGACAAACGACCGACCAACCAACCAACCAACCAACUAUCUAUCUAUCGUCCUGGCCAUCAUUAACAAUUCGAUCGACGUCCACUCGUCCCACAUUCACGCCGCCACCAACUGGCCUUCUCCAGUGUGCCUGUCUCCGUUGUCUCCGUUGGAGUCGCGGCCCGCCUUCAUCCUCAGAUCCUCAGAUCCUGAGCCUUACUUGACCUGAGCUCGGCCACUGACACCCGACGACGGUUGGAAUUCAUUCCGGGAUUGAUUGGUAAACUGGCCGUUCCGAAGAGGUAGCUGGCUGGCUCGAGGUUCGAGGCUCGAGGCUCGAGCUUAUCACGGGUCAAGGUCUUGGAGCCCUUCACUCCACCAUUCCCACCAUCCCACCCAGCCGCGAGCCAAGCAAGCAAGCUCAUUGCCGCCCAUUGCCCGUGCCCGGACUGCGUUUGCCCUUUGGCCUGGUCAGCCAGAGAUUGUCCGUGCCCCUGGCUCGCUCCUCUCUUGGCCGUCUUGGCCCUCUUCGCUGUCCUCUGCGGUGCUUUUCUUGGGUAGGGCAGUCAGGAUGAGCAAGAAGUGCGCCAAGUGCGAGAAGACGGUCUAUCCUACCGAGGAGCUCAAAUGUCUGGAGAAGGUGUGGCAUCGAGCGUGUUUCAAAUGCCAGGUCUGCAACAUGACCUUGAAUAUGAAGAACUACAAAGGCUUCGACAAGUUGCCCUAUUGCGGCACGCACGUGCCCAAGGCCAAGGCUACCAUUGUGGCGGAUACACCGGAAAUGAAAAGAUUGGCCGAAAAUUCAAAAAAUCAAUCCACGGUCAAGUAUCACGCCGAUUUUGAAGCCAGUAAAGGUAAAUUCACUCAAAUCGCCGAUGACCCAGAGAUAUUGCGAAUCAAGGCCAAUAGCCAAACCAUCAGUAAUGUUUCCUAUCACGGCGUGGUGGAACAGAAAGCGGAACAAGAAAAGAAACGCAGCCUGGUCGAAGGCCAACCUGGUGCUUCUCCUGCUUUGCCCGAUCAAACCGCUCGUAGCAACAGCAACAGCAGCACUGUCAUCGUGGACGGUCAACAACCCAGCCGGGAAAAGACGAGUAGUCCCAGUUUGCGUGCCCAUUUCAACUCCAACACUGGACGUUCAGAAAGGGGCUACUCUUCGAAUGGCAACCAAUCCGAAGACCUUCGAAAGUUGAGCCUUAACGACGGGCCAACUCAAAGAAUCCAAGGUGCAUCUUCGUCCAUCGGUGUCAAUAUGGGACAUCCAAGUGGGCGGCAUUCGCAACCUUCUCUUCAUCCAGCCUCAUAUUCCCAACAACACUCGAUUCAGGCUCGAUCCCAACCUCUGCCACCUAACAAUGGAAUGGAACCUCCAGGAGCAACGAAUGAAGGAGGAGGCCCCAAUCAAGGGAGCUAUAAUGCCAACGUAACUUCACACUCCCAAUUUAAUACGCAACAGCAGCAGCAGCAGCAUACAAUGAUGCUUCAGCAGCAACAUUUGCAACAACAGGCAUUGCAACAGAAGCAUUUAAUGGAGCAACAGAUACGAAUUCGAAGUCAAGGUCCUCCGGAUUCUCGUCAAAGGCCAACUCACAGGCAGCAGCAGCAUAUGACAUCGCGGCAAAUACCUAGUAGCCAAAUGACUGGCAUGCCGCAUUCGCAAAACUACAUGAUGAACCACAUGACUGGAUAUGGACAACCUCCACAACUUGGAGAUCAAGUUGGAUACGCUAGUUGUAGUAGCCAACAGGGAUAUCCUUCACAGCCAUUACACUAUCAACAGCAACAACGACAGCAACAGCAGCAGCAACAGCAACAGGCCUCCCAACAGCCCGUUUUUUUCCAUCAACAACAGGGAGGAGGCUAUGGAAUGCAGCAACAACCCAUGACUCAAGCGCCACAGUCCACACAGAGCCAAAGGACAUCAAUUAGAGGGCGAUGUUUCCAAGCUAUGUAUGAUUACGAAGCUCAGGAUGUGGAUGAGGUCUCAUUCAAAGACGGCGAUAUAAUUGUAAAUUGCAAUCCAGUUGAUGAAGGCUGGAUGACUGGCACAGUUCAUAGAAGUGGAAAAUAUGGCAUGCUCCCUGCCAAUUAUGUUGAACCUGUUACUCUCUAGAGAAGAGAUUCUAGACCUGCCAUCACAUCACAUGUUAUCUUGCCAUAGGAAUAUUUCCAUCUGAAAUUGAACUAUUCAUAACCAAUCCGCGUCGCGUUCUUCCAACAUAUGUCUAACAGAUUCUCCAUUGAUCUUCAUCAGUCUGAAUUCCAAAAGUGAGGCUUCAAAGUCACGAAAUCCAGGAUCUGGCGGUUUAACAAUUGAAUCAUCAUAUAUGAAUCUGGAAGGGUUCGAAACUCAUCCAGAGAAACUCACGGUGCUUUUAAGUAUAACACUUUCCGUUGCAUGACCGACUUCUCGCAAGAUCCUUUUUUUGGGCAAUGCAUCAUCAAAAAAUAAGUCCUCUCUCUGGUGUGACAGUUGCUGUGAUCGUCUAUUUUUAACAGCUUACAUAAAAAACGAAGGCAAUGGAGAUUUUAGGGCCAAUGCCUACGCCUGAUUCGAUAUGCCAAACUCGUUCGAUUUCUACAAAUGAUUUGAAUUUACACUCGGAUGUAGCAUAUAUUUAGUAAGGGAAAUAAAACCAAAACCAUUUUGUGUACAA